UCAAAUCUUCCCAAAAUGCCUUUCAAGCGAUCUGAUAUGCGAUUUGGCCAUAUCGCAGGCAAUACGAAUGUGGUUUUCCAAGCGGACGGCAGGAAGAUCAUCAGUGCAGGCAACGACGGUGACCUUCGCAUUUGGGAUGGAUUCACCGACGAUGAUGCAAUUUCAACCUGUGUAGCAGAAAAUGUUUGGGCCAUGCUCCAGUACGAAAAUCGGUUGCUAAUUGCUAAUGAUUUAAACAUGGUUCAAGCGUUCAAAUAUCCGGAAUUUGAAAAAGACGGAAUAGAGUUUCGGUUCACUGCGAUCGUGACGUGUGUCGUACGAAACGAGAAAUACAUCGCUGCUGGUUCCGAAGAUGGUACGGUCAAAGUUAAGCCCACAGACCGAGAAGAGUUUGAACUGAACGGACUAGAAGGACCUGUCCUUAGUAUGUCUUUAAGCCCAAAUGAUAAACUAGCGGCUACCUGUGGUGAUGGUAAGCUGAGAGUUUGGAAUUUGAAAACCAAGGAGCUCGUUAAAACAAUUGAUGAUUUUCGGAAGAUAAAAACUUUUGAAAAAAAUAUUUACUUUGGAAAUCCAACCUUUGAGCCAGUGCAAGGCAAAGUAAUGGCCUAUCCGAAAGGUGGCAAGAUUGUAGUUCUUAAAACGUCGUCUUGGGAAGAGCAAAAGAUCCUCGAACAUCCGGAAAUUUCAUCGGAUUUUACCAUUUGUGCCUUUUCGCCGCUUGGUGACUUUCUAGCUGCCGGAACAGACAAAGGAGAAAUGGCUAUAUGGGAUUACUAUACUGGUAAAACACUAACAGGAGAAGUGGGAUCGAUUUUUCCCUACGCGGUUGUUGGGUUGGCGUGGAACCCGAAUAAUAGUGGCGAAAUAGUAAUUUGUGACGACCAGGGACAAAUAGGAAACAUAAACGACAUCGCUCCUGACGUAGCAGAAGAUGAGAAUGAUUUAAUGGAAAUGGCAGAAAAGGAGGCUGAAGACGAUGAUAUGGACAUUGCUGAAAUGUAUUCCAAACAUGUUGCUGAAGAAAAAAUAGUUCAUGAUGAUUCAGAUGAUGAUGAUGAGAAUUGCAUCUCGAUUAACAAGGUGAAAAGCCAGUAUACGACACAUGACGACGAUGACUUGGUUAGCAAGCUUCUGGGAAAUGCUGAAGAGGCUGGCUCUCAGCGAAGCGGUGACGAUGAUGACAGGCGAUCUGUGAUGAGCGAGCGUGCGGCUGUAAAAUCGUUUCCUAUGCAGGAUUACUUCCAAUCGGGAUCAACACCGGAUUAUUUGGAGCAUCGUUAUUUGAUUUAUAAUCAUGUGGGAAUUGUACGGGGUCACAAGGACGACAAGGAAAAUUCGAUCGAAGUAGAAUUUCAUGAUUCUCAAAAGCAUCAUGGUAUUCACUUGAACAAUUAUCUGAAUCAUACCAUGGCAGGAUUGAGCGAAACUGUUCUAGCCAUGGCGUGCACCUCUGAUGUGGAAGAAAAAGGAAGUAAACUGGUUUGCAUUAAUCUGGUGGCGUUCGGAAACCGAGAAUGGAGUUACUCUAUGCCUGGAACAGAAGGAAUCGUUGGGGUUGUUGCAUCGGAUAAAAUCGUUGUUGUGGCGACAGAUACUCGACUACUUCGAAUAUUCACAGUUAGAGGUACUCAACGAGAAAUUAUAUCCGUUCCGGGGCCGCUUGUCUCGAUGGCAGCCUUUGGAGAUCACGUUUUGGUGGCAUAUCAUCGCUCCCCGCCCAAUGAAGACCAGCAGAUCAAUUUGAUGCUAAUAACGUGUGUCAAAUUCAAAUUACGCUGCCGUGACAUUCCAGUGCCGCUGUCCCCUCGAUCAGAAAUCCGUUGGCUGGGUUACUCAGACAAGGGCUCACCCGUGGUUUAUGAUUCUGCCGGCAUUAUGCGUUUGUAUCACGCAUCAGCCAAUUUCUGGUUUCCCAUAUUGGAUGCCGAGCAGCACAGAGUUGGCGCAUCGGACAGUCUCUUUAUCGUAAAAGUAUCUGAAUCGGCACAGCAGGCUCAAUUGAUUGUAUGUCGUGGGGCUAAAUUCCCGCUGACCAACCCGAGACCCAUUCCAAUGAACGCCAACUUCCAGCAUCCGAUGUGCGAGAUGGAUUCCGAGAAGGGGACUCUGGAGGAUGAGCUAGUUCGAAGCAUUUACCUUAAAGGUGAUGAAGCUGAUAAAAUUCUUAAGGAAACUGCAGUCAAGCUGUUUGCUCUUGCAUGUCGCUCGGAAAUGGAACAACGAGCGAAGGAGUUGAUUGAAACUAUCGGAUCGAGCCAGCUGAUUCCAAUUGUGAUCAAAUAUGCAAGCAAAAUUAAACGGUUCCACUUGGCGGAUAGUUUGGCUCCAUUGCUGCCGACCUUCCAAGAACAGGAAAAAGAGGAAGAGAAACAGGAGCUGGAGGCGGCACGGGAGAAUGCUGCUAUGGUCAGUGAGCUGGAACAUAUCAACGUCGAGGCGGUAACUAAGAAAGACAUUACACCGAAAAUUAAACCAUUGCCCAUGAUGUCGCGCAAGAAUAAUCCAUUUCGAAAAAAUGAUAGUGGUUCAAGUACUAAUCGAUCCUCCGGGGGAAACCCUUUGGGUCACUUAACGGGCAAAGCAAUCGGCUAUGAAUCUCCGAGAACCAAUGAGAACGCCACUACCGAACCGGCUUCGACAUCCGAGGAGAAUAACGAGAAUGUACCUAAGAACAGUAAUGGUACGCCGACCGGCCUAAAAUUUAUGCCCUGGUUCGAGAGUAACAAGGAACAGCUGAAGCAGGAAAAUCCGGAUGCUAGCGAUGCGGAGCUAACCAAAAUCGGAAUGAGACAAUUCAAGACUCUGCACGGCUCGUCGUCGCUGCCGCGAGUUUCCAGCGAGAAACGGAAACUAGACGACGGAGAAAGGGGCGAGUCCGGUGUGGCCAAGCUGGCGAAAUUCGGCUUCACAAAGGCAAGCUAG